AUGGGUUCUGCCACGAAAGUCAAGGCCUGUUUCUCAUGCACCAUCGGAAAGCGGAAAUGCGACAAAGCACAACCCGCCUGCGGCCGCUGUAGGGACAGGGACAUAGAAUGCCGCUAUCCUCUUACCAAGCGGAAAACACCACACGCGCCCGCAGCAGAGUCAGAAUAUGUCAGCCGAAACGCGGUCAAUGAGGUACAUUCCGCCCAAACAGACACUGUCUUUCCCUCACUGCCUAGCGACCUGGUCGAUCCUCAAGAAUGGACCAGAAGUUUGGGAAAUUUAAGCACUCUGGUCGGGCCUGGCUUGCAGGAUGAUACUGAAAGCUCUACCACCACCUCAAACCAGGGGGAUGCUACGCACUUCUUCCUCAAGCCAGAUGCUUGGGUUAUUCGGCACAUUCCUUUUACCACUCCAACCUUCUCGAAUUCGAUCUGUAUGAAUUAUGUUAAAGGCAUCCACGAGUUCUUCAGGGAAUGGGUCACCAAUGGGCAUAGUUCUUUCAUGCAUAGACAACUCUAUGCGGACUCGGAAUACCCAACUGCCAUCCAAGAUGCAUUUGCUAGCAUAACGUUGCACAAUGCCAGGACACCAUCAAAUGAAGAUAUUGUUGACGGGAUUAUUUCCUCCAAAGUAUCAGCCCUACUCAAGUCUUAUCCCCAGGCCGACGGUGAUGUUGACGCAUCAACUGAUUUAGAUAUACGAGAGCAUCUCUCUCGCACACAAGCCUUGUAUGUCCAUCUAGUCCUGGCGCUCUUCUCUUCGUCAAUUGGAGUACGUGCAAACGCAGAGCAACAGAUCCAGACCCUUUUGUCCUGGACCCGUCAGCUUUGGGAAGCAGCUCUUCGGGACCCAGACAUUUGCCAAUCUGAAAGCAGCGACGGAUCUGCCGCAUCUACCAAUGCCAUUGUUCUGGAUGUCAUGUUUGACGGCGAUACAACGCCCCGUCUGUGGCGAUCGUGGGUUCUAUCAGAGAGCAUUCGUCGCAUCUGGUUAAUGACUACAUCCACUAUUGGCGUCUACCUGACACUGCGACAGAAAUGGGCAGAGUGCCAUGGCGGAAUCUAUUUCACUGCUCGCAAGGAUCUUUGGCAAGCAAAGUCAGCGUCUAGUUGGGCAUAUGCCUGUCAGAGUAGUAGUCCAUUAUUCAUUUGCAGCUUGGAAUGCGAAAGUCUCUUCUUGACUGCAAAGGCACCCGAUAUAGAUGAACUUCUUAUCAAUAUGUUUACUAUCAUGUGGGGUAUUGAGAGGGUCGAGAAUUGGUUUGCGCGGACUGCUGAGCCUGGGCGAAGUGUUCGAGUAUGGAGGGACAAUGGUCCAGCCAAGAACUAA